AUGGCUUCCCCGCGAGUCAUCGUCCAAAUAUUCAUUUCAGGCUCCAGGGCUGUAGGAAAAGCAUUUUUGGAAGCAGGGAGACAGGCGGUGAAAAACGCUAAGACCUCACCGCAGGGAGUGUUGGGAAAUGAUGUCGCUGGCGUCGGUAAUGCGAACUCUGGCUCUGCAACAGACCAUCUUACGCGCCAGCACCGCAUGACACUCGAUGAGGCGCACUUAAUUUUGAAUGUGAAGCGUGAAACCCCUAUGGAGCAGAUUAUGAAGAAUUACGAGCAUUUAUACAAAAGUAACGCACCACAUCCUAAACCAGACAAGCCUGUGCCAAAAAAACAGGCAUUGCCUUCACACUCACACUACCUGCAAUCCAAAGUUGUCCGCGCUCGAGAACGAAUAGAGGCUCAGCUGAAGACAACGGAAGCUCAAUCAGAGGCAGAGUUGGCAGGUGGUGUCAAGAACGAAGCAAGUACUUCGCCGCCACCUCCCGAGUCGCAGUAG